CUUAUAUAAACAUCUUCCCCUUCACCUCCUAUUUCAUUCCAACAACAAUCCUCUCAUCUCAUCUUCACUUCCAACUUCCAAACAUACAAAAACCACUCCUCUUGUGAUAACUCCUAAUAAAACUUCAAAAUCUUACCUUGUAUCCCAAAAAAAAAAACAUUCAAGAAAAUGUUUAGCUUUUCGGGUCAAAACGACUUCUGUGGUCGUCGAUGUGUGUGGGUGAACGGCCCUGUUAUAGUAGGGGCCGGACCCUCAGGGCUAGCCGUAUCAGCUUGUCUCAGGGAACAAGGCAUUCCCUUUGUGGUCAUUGAAAGAUCCGAUUGCAUUGCCUCUUUAUGGCAAAAACGUACCUAUGAUCGCCUAAAACUACACCUCCCGAAAAAAUUCUGCCAGCUUCCGAAACUACCCUUUCCUGAGGAAUACCCUGAGUACCCAACCAAGAGACAAUUCAUCACCUAUCUUGAGAACUAUGUUGAGAAAUUUGACAUCAAACCGCAAUUCAAUGAGUGUGUGCAGUCUGCUAAGUAUGAUGAAGCCUGCCAUCUCUGGCGGGUCGUGACCAUUUCGACAAACGGGUCGAACCGCUCCGAGACUGAGUAUAUCUGCCAGAUGCUUGUGGUGGCUUCCGGAGAAAAUGCAGAAGGGGUAGUGCCGGAGAUUGAUGGACUACAAGAUUUCUCCGGUGAAGUCAUUCAUGCAAAAGAUUACAAGUCCGGCGAGAAAUAUGAGGGAAAGAAAGUAUUGGUCGUCGGGUGUGGAAAUUCCGGCAUGGAGGUUUCUCUAGACCUUUCAAAUCACAAUGCUAAGCCAUCCAUGGUGGUUCGAAGCUCGGUUCAUGUUUUGCCUCGAGAAAUGAUGGGAAAAUCGACAUUCGAUAUAGCCAUGAUGCUGAUGAAAUGGCUACCUCUAUGGCUGGUUGAUAAGCUUCUGCUAAUCUUGGCAUGGUUUAUUCUCGGAAACAUAGAAAAUUACGGCAUAAAGAGACCAUCUUUAGGUCCAUUAGAACUGAAAAACCACCAUGGAAAAACCCCAGUUCUCGACAUCGGUGCACUUGAGAAAAUCCGAGCAGGCGAGAUCACCGUCGUUCCUGGAGUCAAAAGAUUUAACUGCACCUCCGUUGAGCUCGUUAAUGGCGACACCCUUGAUAUCGAUUCAGUUGUUUUAGCAACUGGGUAUUGUAGCAAUGUUCCCUACUGGCUUCAGGAAACCGAGUUCUUUGCUAAAAAUGGCUUCCCAAAGACACCAUUUCCAAACGGGUGGAAGGGAAAGUGUGGAUUAUAUGCAGCAGGAUUCACAAGAAGAGGGCUUGCUGGUGCAUCUGCUGACGCAAAGAAAAUUUCUCAAGAUAUUGGGAAAGUAUGGAAGGAGGAACUAAAUCAGAAAAAACUGAAAGUUCCUACGCAUAGAAGAUGCAUCUCAACCUUCUAAUUUUAUCUAACAAAAAUGUUUAGAAAAACUAAUAUUUAACUGUGGGGUGUAAAAAAUAUAUGUAUAUGUAAAAACAAGAAGGAAAGAGAUAGAAUAGAAGAGCAGCAGCCCUCGCCAUAAAGCCCCCCCAAAAAAAAGAAUUAAAAAAAAACAGGUAGAAAAUUUUACGGGCAUUUUGUAUACUUAGGAUGAUGAGGCUAAUUUUGUAAUUUACUUCUUUUUUAAUAUAUAAGGAA